CUGAGCGAGCGCGAGCCGGGAGCCGGGCGGGCGCGGGCAGCGGCAGGAGCCGGGCAGUGCGGGGCAAGCGGCGGCGGCGCGGACAGCGGGGGCGCCUCGGCCGGGGCGGAGCGGGGCGCCGGCGGGAGCCAGCAGGGUCUGCAGCCGCGCCGGCUGCCCGCGCCCCGGCGCGCUCCGGCUCGGCCAUGGAGCUGCCAGCCGUUGGCGAGCACGUCUUCGCGGUGGAGAGCAUCGAGAAGAAGCGGAUCCGCAAGGGCAGAGUGGAGUAUCUGGUGAAAUGGAGAGGCUGGUCCCCCAAAUAUAACACGUGGGAACCCGAGGAGAACAUCCUGGACCCUCGGCUGCUGAUCGCCUUCCAGAACAGGGAACGGCAAGAGCAGCUGAUGGGGUAUCGCAAGAGAGGCCCAAAGCCCAAACCGCUGGUGGUGCAGGUACCCACCUUUGCCCGGCGCUCCAAUGUGCUGAGCGGACUCCAGGACUCCUCUGCAGACCACCGCACGAAGCUGGAGCUGGGCGCUCAGGGCAAGGGCCAGGGGCAUCAGUACGAGCUCAACAGCAAGAAGCACCACCAGUACCAGCCACACGGCAAGGAGAGGGCGGGCAAGCCCCCGCCGCCGGGCAAGAGCGGCAAAUACUACUACCAGCUCAACAGCAAGAAGCACCACCCCUAUCAGCCCGACCCCAAGAUGUACGACUUGCAGUACCAGGGCGGCCACAAGGAGGCGCCCAGCCCCACCUGCCCGGACCUGGGUGCCAAGAGCCACCCGCCCGACAAGUGGGCCCACGGCGCAGGGGCCAAGGGCUACCUGGGAGCCGUGAAGCCUCUGGCGGGUGCUGCCGGGGCUCCAGGCAAGGGGUCUGAGAAGGGUCCCCCCAACGGGAUGACGCCGGCCCCCAAGGAGGCAGUGACGGGCAACGGGAUUGGGGGCAAGAUGAAGAUCGUCAAGAACAAGAACAAGAACGGGCGCAUCGUGAUCGUGAUGAGCAAGUACAUGGAGAACGGCAUGCAGGCGGUGAAGAUCAAGUCCGGUGAGGCGGCGGAGGGCGAGACGCGCUCCCCCGGCCACAAGAAGCGGACCUCGGAGGAACGCCACCCUCCAGCGGAUAGGACUUUCAAAAAGGCGGCGGGGACAGAGGAGAAGAAGGCGGAAGCUCCCUUUAAGAGGAGAGAGGAGGAGGUACCCGGCCCCGGGGACCCGCAGCCCCAGGACUCCGGGUCCCGCAAGCUCUCCCCGACCAAGGAGGCCUUUGGCGAGCAGCCCCUGCAGCUCACCACCAAGCCUGACCUGCUGGCCUGGGACCCUGCCCGGAGCACGCACCCACCCUCCCACCACCACCACCACCACCACCACCAUCACCACCACCACCACGCGGUGGGCCUCAAUCUUUCCCACGCGCGCAAGCGCUGCCUCUCGGAGACCCACGGGGAGCGGGAGCCCUGCAAGAAGCGACUGACGGCGCGGAGCAUCAGCACACCCACCUGCCUUGGGGGCAGCCCAGCUGCCGAGCGCCCCGCAGACGUGCCCCCCGCCGCCCUCCAGCAGCCUGAGGUCAUCCUGCUGGACUCGGACCUGGACGAGCCCAUAGACUUGCGCUGCGUCAAGACACGCAGCGAGGCCGGGGAGCUGCCCAGUGCCCUUCAAGUGAAGCCCGAGGCCCCUGCCACCGGGGCAGUGGCCGCUGCGCCGGUGACAGCGGCGGAGAAGCCCCCGGCUGAGGCCCAGGACGAGCCCGAAGAGCCGCUGAGCGAGUUCAAGCCCUUCUUUGGGAAUAUAGUUAUCACCGACGUCACGGCGAACUGCCUCACCGUCACUUUCAAGGAGUACGUGACCGUGUAGCCAGAGGGUGUCGGAAGGAGACGCUCCACCCCCAGCAGGAGUUUAGCGCCUGGGGCCUGGGGGCAGGUCUCUCCUCUAAGCCACUGCGGGGAGCUCCAGGCCGGCCCCCAGCUCCAGGACGCCCAAAGCUGCAGGAACCGCGUUCCUCUGAAUCCGGCUCUGGGGUCCUGGCUGGGGCGCCCGCUGGCCUCCGCCUGAACUGGGCCUCCUGCUCCGAGCCUGCGGGUCUCCCCCCGCCUGUCCCCUUCCCUCGCUCCCUCGCGGACCUCCAGGACUGACAGGGCAGCCACGCACCGGGGCCUCAGAGUUAUAGUAUUAUAUUUUAACCGUGCUAACUUGUCAAGUGCAGACUUUACUCCCGUUUGUACGUGGUGUUAUUGAAAUGUAUUGUUUGAGCUCAAAAGGCCCGACCACCCCCUUCGGGCUGAUAUAUAUAUAUUUAUUUGUAGGUAUUUAUAUAUUGAAAUAUAAAAACCUAGAUUUAUGGAGUUUCCUCUAGAUCAUGUUAUAUUCUCUAUCAGACAACUAUCUUCUGUUGAACCCUCUUCCCGUUCAUUCAGUAUUUCGGUUGAUUCCAUCCCCCGCCUCCAGGAACUGCAACGCCAGUAACCUUGGUAUAUAUUUUUUGAUACAGUACACAUGGAUGUGUUGUUUCUAUGUGCAAAAAAAGAAAAAAGAAAAAAAGUUUGUUAAAGGCUAAAUGAGCUCUCUAGAAACUGCUGCUAGAAAUGUCUAAACUAUAAGCUUCCAAUUAUUACCUGCUUGAAUGUAAAUAUUAAAUGGAGAUGUUGAAGGUG